AUGUUGGGAAAGGUCUUGUCAUUCGAUGGAGAUGCUGAUUGGGUUAUCUCCUUUGUGCCAGGUAGUGAUGCCCAAUGUAAUGCUGUCCAUGGUGACCAUACAUUGUUGGUAAAACUCUCGUUUUUGAGGUCUCUACUAAAGGAAUGUACAUUGAAACUGAGUGUAGGCAUCUUGAAAACGAGGAUGAGCGCUGGAGUGCUAACAUUAAAUGUGGAAGGAAAGUGUGGAGAGAAUGGAAAUAAAAAAUGUAAUUGUGACAAUUCUGGCAAGUUUGUCGCCGAAAAAAAUAUAGACACUCCGGUAAAAGGUUUCAUUAGGGUUACUCACCAGCAUAAGAGUGGAGAUAAAUUUACUCUAAGUGGCUAUUUACAAAAUGGAGGCAAAAUAGGAACAAGAGGACAAUCCAUUCCUGGUGUUAAGGAAGUCUCUGUUUUCUACUGGGAUGGAGUACCUACUAAUCCAGUCCUGCUUGAAGUUACUUUUACUACUACACCUUUCUAUUACGCAAGGAGUAGCGGCAGUAACUGGAAUUUUAUUUUUCAAUCUCUCUCUGAUGAGCUUCUUGAGACUUAUCUGGAUCAACAGAACUGCCAACAUCAUAAUGCAGUUACCUUGGAUUUAUCAUAUAAGGAUUUUACAGGUCAGCAUAGGUACUGUUGCAGUGGUAAUCAUUCUGAUGGUGCUAGAGUCUCUAACAGAGUCACUGUUACUUCUAUGCGAGUUUCCUGUAAAGAACAUCAUCAAACUACUUCAUACUACAAACAUGAGGUUAAUACUAGUUCUGGUACUGGAAUUAAAUUAGCAGCUAUCAAGUACAAUAGUGUGGGUAAAAGGAAGAGAAUAGAGAUUCCUGGCCUAGCAUUACCUACCAAACAGUCAGUAAAGUUAUAUGUCUUUUACUGUGGAAAUACUCCAAAACUGAUAUACGUUGAAGGUGAAAGCCCUCCGAUUAAUAAGUGGUUCAAACCAAAUGGUAGUGAUGAGAGACCUUGGACACAAAUUAGUCUCCAAGACAUAGCACCUGAUGAUUUCAAGGACUGUAGUCACGGCAAAUACGACCAACUUAUGACGGAACUGCAGAAUGCAGGAUGUGGUGUAUCUAAAUGUCCUCCACCUAGACCUGUUCCCUCUCCUCAACCUAUAUCAGGCCAACAUUCUGGAGGAUCUUCUGGUGGAGGCCCUUCUAGUAAAACUUAUAAAGACUCUAAUAUAAAUAUUCCUGCCAUUAUCGUCACUUCUAUUCUUGUUGGAACUGGUGGUAUUACUGGAUUCGCCUACUUGCUCUAUAAUAAUUCUAGAGAUCCCUGGGUUCGGCAAAUAUGA